CCCACAGAAGAGGACACAGCAACAAUUCAUCACAAACACUUAUAAGAAACACGGUAAUAAAUACUCGAGUUCUAUUUCUUUUGUGAUACUAGUAUGAUUCCAACGGAAUUCUAUUGUCGAAAGAAAUCGAUACUAAAGGAUAUAGAAAGUCAUUCUUUGUGAUGGUGAUUCUUCAAAAAGGGAUGUGCAAAACGUGAUAGCGAGUACAAUUUGCGUAUUAUUACUGAAUCUAACAAGAUUGACAAGGGAAGAAAUGCGUUCCGACAUUAACAGUAAUCAUACUCUUAGUUAUUGCCGAACAGAAAGACUAUCACAAACAUAUACUUAUACAUGGGACAUUACUAACUUUUGGCGUGAAUACAUGAUGCUUCCUUUAGAAAGUCCACGGAUUGAAUCACAACUUUUUCACUUUCGAUUACAUACCGAUGACAACAAAGAGCAUUUAAAAUUUUAUAUAAUUUUCAAAGAAUGGUACAUAGGUUCCUGUCACAUUUUUAUAAAAAAUACUACUAUAAAUUUUUAUAAAGAAUUAAAAGUAAUAGCUAAUGAACACAAUAUUACGUAUAUAAAAAAUGAACUUUUAUGUAGUAUACCUAUCAUAUAUCUCUUAGAAAACGCAAAUUGUCUACCUAAUAAUACUCUUACCGUACGCUUUGAAUGUAAAUGGUACGAUGUUUUAAGUGAAACAGUUAUGUGUACAAAUUUACAGUUUAAUGAAGAAAUGCAAAUAAGUAGCAAUAAAAAUAACGACAUGAUUCCUGAUAAAGAGUCACUUGUUAUUUUCGUGAUAGGCGAUGAGCGGUUGUAUGCAAACAAAAAUUUAAUAUGUUCAAAAAGCUCAGUUUUCGAUAAGAUGUUUAAUUCCCAAAUGAAGGAAAGUGAAACAAAUGAAGUGGAAAUAACUGAUAUCAAAUAUAACAUUCUAAAAUUGUUUCUAUCUUACAUACAAUUCACUCUUUUACCUAAUCUUGUAAUAGAUGAUAUACAAACAUUAUCUGAACUUUUUGUAGUAGCUGAUAAAUAUGACGUACAAGAUCUUAAAUUGCUGUGUGAAUUGCAAUUAAUAAAGUUAAUUGAUGCAAAAGGCUAUAUAGAAUUUUUCGAUAUGGAUUUGAUAUGGUUACGUAAUACAACAUACUUGGAAAAAUAUAUCGGGAAACUUAUCCAAGUACAACCAGAAAGUAUACGUAACCCACAACUGGCAGAAUUAAUUGAAACAAAUUCUAAAUAUCUUAUUCGUAUAGCUAAAUAUACUAACACGAAUAUGGAAGUAUCCUGCUCUUUUAACACUCAUAAAAUGCUUCAUUAUUAGGAACUUUACAUUAAUUGAAGUAUUAACCUAUCUGUUAUAAGUCAGUACAUAUUUUUAUAAAAUUUUGUUUUUUGUUUUUACUUUAAUUAGACUACACUAAUCUGAUUCUUUAAAACAAUAUUGAUACUGAAAAAAUUAUACUUUUAACGUUUUUAGCAAUUUUAACAGAAGCAAUAUAUACACUAUGCUAAGUGUGUCAUAGAUAUCCCAUAAGCAAAAUGUUAAUAGUAUGUUGGCAAAUUAACAGCAGAUUAAAUCAGAAUGUCAGAUCUAUAGUCAUAUGUAUCCGUAUUAAGCAUCUGAAUCUGUAUCCGUAUUGACGAAGUCUGUCAAUAGAACACAAGCUUAAACUGACACAACUUAAUAACAGAUUAGCGGCAGAAACCAAGUAGGAUUAUAGUAUAUUCCGUUAUUUAUAUUUAAAUAUAUUUAAAUACGUUUAAUGGUUACAGAACAACAGAUCCAGCUCGAUUUCUAUUUUCAAUCUGUCAUUAUUCUCUACUAGUAAAUCCUAUUGUACUUCCGCUAACAAACUACCGAUAAAGUUUGCAGCAAACACUGUUUUUGUAUAUUUAACUAUCUAAGAUUACAGAUUUUUAUAUAUUCUGCUUUGUCUCUAAUAUCUCUUAUUAAUUAUAUGUAACUCCGGGAAAAAAAUAUUCAUACAUGGCCACAUAUUUAUUCAUAUAUGAACUAUAUAUUUAUCCAUAUAUGGCCAUACAUGAUCACAUAUAAUUAUAUAUAUCUACAUUAAAAAUAAUGCUGUUGUUAAAAUACAAUUGAAGUAAAUGCUUAUGUGGUAGCCCAUAAUGUCAACGUUUAAUUGACUUUUAUCAAAUAAUGUUUUAAAUGACAAAUCAAAUUAUGUUUUUUUUCAUUCAACAGUAUUUUAUGUAUGUAUAUAAUUUGAUAUUUUAUAUAAGGUCACAUAUAU